UGAACGCAUCACAUUGUUACGUCUUCGGAAUCCGGAAGCGUCCAGAUUGUUGUGAGCUGUCGCGGAUCUUACUUCCUGAUUGUCCUAAAUGGCGAGCUCAGUGGGUCCAGGUCGCUCCAGACCACGGUACCGGAGGCUGCUCCUUCUGUUGCUGCUGGCGGGAAUCAGCGGACCGGUGUCGACCGUGUCCGAACCGGGGAAAUGGAUCGUGGACAUUGACAGUAAAAAGCUGAAGAAGGACGCAGAGAAGGAAUCGUCUUUUUUCCACUUUAGAAAAACUCUGUUCCGCAACAGCUCCAUCCACCUCAAAGUGUUGGCUCAGGAUUGUCCCUCAUCGCCUCCCGUCCAGCUGAGCGUGUCUUGGUACCUGAGGAACUCUCAAUGCUACAACGAAAUCUUUAACCUGGAUUCGAGUCAGGUUCCAACUUACUUUGGGUCAAAGGAGGUCAUAAUAGAGGGAGGAAGCGGAUUCUACCUUCUUCACCAUUAUCCCAACAUCAGCUGUCAGGGCAUGAAGCCAGACAUUUCUCAGUUCAGGGUGGAUCCGGCUGACGCUCGCCCGACGCAACUGAAGCCGCUGCAGGCGAGUCCGGUCGACUCGAAAUCUUCAGUGAGGAGGAGGAGAGACGCGAGUCAUCCCAAACCAAAGCCCGUUGCUGCUGGCGGCUCUACUAACAAGUCGUCUUCAUACGUCGACCUGGUGGCGGAGACUUGGGAGGAUGGCCCCUACAUCCUCAUCAUUAAAGUCCAGGAUACCAGCAAGAACUCGGCGAGCGGCACCGCGCCCUGGAGUCUGCAGCUUCUGGUCAGCAUGAAAGGUCCUCACGGCUUUAUAUCUGCCACCGAAUGGCCUCUGAUGGUGUUCUACAUGGUCAUGUGCAUCGUCUACGUGCUGAUGGCCUUGCUGUGGCUGGUUCUGUCCGCCUGCUACUGGAGGGACCUGCUCAGGAUCCAGUUCUGGAUCGGAGGCGUCAUCUUCCUGGGGAUGCUGGAGAAAGCCGUUUACUAUGCCGAGUUCCAGAACAUCCGAUACGAAGGCCUUUCAGUCCAGGGGGCGGUGGUGUUCGCCGAGGUGCUCUCUGCAGUGAAGAGAACUCUGGCCAGGGUAUUGGUCAUCAUCGCCAGCCUGGGCUACGGGAUUGUUAAGCCCCGGCUCGGCGCUCUGCUGCACCGGGUGGUGGCAGUCGGUCUGCUUUACCUCAUCUUCUCCGUCUUCGAGGGAAUCCUGCGGGUCAACACGGACCGAGGGAACAGCAGCAACCUUCUGUGUGCCGUGGUGCUGGCCUUCAUCGACUCCUGUGUUAUCUGGUGGAUCUUUGUAAGCCUGACUCAGACGAUGAAGCUGCUGAAGCUGAGGAGGAACGUGGUGAAGCUGUCGCUCUUCAGACACUUCACCAACACGCUCAUCUUUGCUGUCAUAGUGUCGAUCAUCUUCAUCUUCUGGACCAUGAAAACCUUCACGAUGUCCAAGUGUCGCUCUGACUGGAGGGAACUCUGGAUAGAAGACGCUUUCUGGCGUUUGUUGUUCUCCACCAUCCUGUUGGUCAUCAUGUUUCUAUGGCGACCGUCGGCCAACAAUCAAAGGUACGCCUUCAGCCCUCUGGUGGAUGAAGAGAGCGACGAAGAGGAGCAAGAGCUGAUGGUGAACGAAGCUUUUGAAGGGAUGAAGAUGAGAGGGACGAAGAACGAGACCAACGGCACGGCCAAAGCCCCCAAAGUGGACGAAGACCUGAAGUGGGUGGAGGAGAACAUCCCGUCGUCCAUGGCAGACGUGGCUCUGCCGCCGCUGCUCGACUCAGAUGAGGAAACCCAGAAAACCAAGUUUGAGAUGUCUAAGAUGGAGUAAAUCAGGACCAGAGGUGGCGAGCGAGUGUCUGGAAACACGAGUCUGGUGAACAGACAGGAAGCUGACGUCGUUGCAGAAGGCUGACCGAUCACCCGCACAUGACGAAGACGGCUUUGUAAGCCUGAUGUGCACUGGGAGUAAACGUGAUCACGGCGGCUCAGUCGUCCCUUUUUCUUUUCGUUGCCCGUUUGUAUUUCUGUCCGCGUCCCCGUCGUCACGCGCCGGUUAUCAAGACUGCUUCUGAAGAACGUUUUUGCCCUUCUUCUUAUUUACUGAAACGUGUCAUUUGUCUGGUUCAUCAGCAGCUUCCUGCUGGAAGCCUCCAGGUUUUUUCAUCAACAAGUGUGUGUGUGUGUGUGUGUGUGGGUGUGGGUGUGGGUGUGUGUGUGGGUGUGUGGGUGUGUGUGUGUGGGUAUGGGUGUGUGUGUGUGUGUAAAUAUGUGUAUAUCUGAAGUCUUUUAACCUGUAAGAGCCAGAGUUGUCCUCUAGAUGAAAAUGUGAGUGAAUGUUCGUGGAGUUUGCCGUUGCAGGUUCAUUUGGUCUCAGAUGUUUAAGAUUCUUUUUCAGCCAUUAAAGCCGUUUGCACUCA